GCCCAUGUCAACAUAUAAAUAAUUUGACAUUUACAAUUUUAAAAAUCUAUGGCGUAUGUAAAUGUAGCCGAAUGGUCUCCAGACCAAGUUACAGAAUGGUUAAAAGGUCUGGAUAAUGUCAUUAUCCCGUAUAUCAAUUCAUUUCUAAAUAAUGGAGUUAAGGGUCAUCAGUUAUUAAAUUUACGGGCGGAUGAUUUGGAACAUCUUGGAGUUUAUACAUUAGGUCAUCAAGAAUUAAUUUUAGAAGCUGUCGAACAUUUAAGAAAUUUUCAUUAUGAAUUGGAUAGAGAAAAUUUACAAUUAUUGGCCUUACGGCUAUCAUGUGCAGCACAUUCGUUAUAUAAUGAAUUAUCGUCAACUGCAGAUAACAAUAAAGUGGAAACACAAACCAUGGCAGAUGUCGCAAAUAUCAUAUCAACAAUUAAGCCUUUAGUCUGUUGGUUAGAUAGAUCACCGUUUAGUGGACAAACAGAGUAUAAUGAUCGUAAAAUAGAAUUAUUAAAAUUAAGUGUAUUAAUGGCAACAUGCGCUCAUCGUGAUCGAUUUGCUGAACGACCUGUGGCCGCUAUACGUGGAUAUUGUGAAUCUUUAGCAGAAUUAGCUGAUAAAAUUAUACAGGAUAUAUCAGAUCCAAUGUUACUACAACCAGCAUCAUUAGAUUUAGCCACACUCAAAAAACGUGAAAAUGAUCUUGGGUUUUUUAUUUUACCGAGCUUUCGUAAUGUACAUCAAAUUGCAGAGAUUAAAUUUGGAUCCCCAGCACAUACGAGUGGUAAAAUUGAAGAAGGUGAUGAAAUUGUACAAGUUAAUUAUCAAACUGUUGUCGGGUGGGAACGAAAAAAAGUGUUAUCGUUGUUUCAAGAAUCACCGCCAGAUGUUCUGUUAACGUUGAAAAAACGACCGCGACAUACCAAAAUUUAUGGACAAAUUUAUAUGAAACCGUAUAGGUUACCUAGUAAAAAACGAUCUUUGCCUUAUAAUCGAUGGCAUGAUAAUUUACCAUCACCAAGACCUGAAUUACUUACAAUCCCUGAUUUUGAAAUUCCACUUCCUAGAGUACCUUCUGGAGGAUUAACGCCACAACUACCACCAGCAUGCAGUUCAGAUUCAGAUAGUUGCAGUAGUGUUAGUGAUUCAGAUGGAAGUCCACCACAAAGUUUAUGCCCUCGAGUGUAUCCAUUAAAACCACGUCCUGUUUUACAACGACGUAAUACAAUCACCGGGGCAAUACCUUUCUAUCGCGCGCCCAGUAUUAGUAUUGAACAGUUUUGGAGGGAGUUAAAAAUACAAGCAUCUUAUAAACAUUCAAGCUCAGGAUUUAUUCAAUCAAGUACCGACGUGGAGUCAAAUAAAGAAGGAUUACUUCGUGAUAAAUCUGUAUCAUAUGGGCAUGGCUUGGAACUGAAUCCACGCCCAUCAACAGUAAUUGGUUUAGCCUCAAAGAAAAGCUCAAACAACAGUAAAGGAAAACGGCAUUUAAGUGAUGAUAAUAAGUGCGAUGACAAAAUGAGAGAACGUAAAAAAACCGGUGUACGUUUUGUUGACGAUAUUGCGGAGAGUAAAGAGGAGACGAAAGAGAACACUGGCGUAUAUGAAGAUAACGCACUUCAUGUUAAAAAUGAGGAUAGUUUAAAAUUUAUUGACGAUAAUGAAGAUGAAGUUCAAGAUCGUAGUAACUUAAUAAACGAGGUUAAAGCUGAUGAAACCUUACAAAUUGAUGUGAAACAAAAAGUCUCCUCUUUUGAAGAUAAAAUCUCACAGAAUAACAUUGAUCUUAAAGAUAUUUUACAAGACCCAAAAUCACGACCUGUGCCAAAAACUCGAACUUUGUAUCAACCAGACUUAAAAAAUGAUAUCAAAGAGGAAACGCUUGAUGUAUUUCCAAAAGAUGAACAUAAAUUUAGAAAACCACCUGAAAUUCCACCAAAACCAAGUACACUAAAAAAACCUGCAGUACCACCUAGGAAUUUUGAUAGAAUUGCUCAGUUGCGCGGGCGAUUAGAUAAAUCGCACAGUACUCCAGCGUAUGAUUUAUCUGAUGGAACCGACGUGUAUGGAAUUGAGACACAUCAGAAAGUUUCACAAAAAGUGAUUGACCACAAAAAAGAUGAACAACAUACGGAGGAAAAAGUGGAGGUAUAUGAUGAAAUAUUAACUGGGAAAAUGGGUGAGAUUCUAGAAACUAUUAAUUCAUCGUUAAUUACGUAUCGACAGAGGGAACAAGAAAGUAUUCGUGAAAAAAGUGAACCUCAAGAACCAUAUGAACCAUUUGUUCCCAGAAAUUUAUCUAAAACUGAAGAGAGUCCUCAAUUGCAUCCAAGAAAGGAACGUUUACAUUCUCAAAGCGAAGCACCAUUACCACCUCCAAGACCAUCACAUACUUUUACAUCGGAAUCACCUAAACAAAUAGUCUUUCCUCAAAAAGAAGUUGAUACCUUUGGAUUUGUAUUUAAUCAAGAACCACAAAAAAUAUCAAAUGUACAACAUGCGACUAAAACAAAGUUAACCAUGGAUGAGACGACUAAGCUCAAAUCUCCUGAAAGUACUGCUCAUAAUAAACGUGAUAACAAAUGUGAAGUGAAAGUGUCGUCGAAUCCUGUAAAAGCUAUUAUAUCAAAAGGAAAAACUGUGAGAAAGAAAAAUUCUUUAUAUGCAAAGCGUCGGAAAGUAUCCGUAAAAGAUGUUAGUCCUGGAGAAAUUCAAGGAUAUCUUUAUCAGCGAAUCCGUAACAAAACUACCCAGAAUGUAAAUUGGAUUAAACGAUGGUUUAUCCUGAAUGGAAGCGCUUUGUAUGGGUUCAAAUCAAAAGAUGCAUCAAAAGCAGAAUGUGUGGUAUUUUUACCAGGUUUUACUGUAUCAUUAGCAACGGAAGUGAAGUCGCGUACAAAUGCGUUUAAAGUUUAUCACACGGGAACUGCAUUUUAUUUAUCAGCUGAUAAUAAUGAAACAAUGUUAACGUGGGUGGAUGUUAUCACCUCUGCAACACUUACAACUGACAUAAAUUUAUCAAAAUCGUCAGACAUAAGUUUAUAUUCAGAAACAGAUGAAUCUGAAGACGAAGAAAAAUUAGUCAAACAUGAGAAAAGUGAAGCCUCAUCAUCACCCGCACGGAAAUUUGGUUCAUUGAAAAAAUUUACAUCUCGUAAACAUUCUGAUGCAUCGACUACAUCGUCUACUGCUACAACUACUGAUAGUCCAGGUUCUACAAGUUUAGAUCGAAAAUAUUUACGUUUCUUUAAUUCACAUUCCAGUACAAAACAUUCAAAAAAUCAAAAUGUACCCGUGCCUACAGCGCAAUUUCGAUCGUAUCGUAAAGUGAUACCACCAUUGUUGGUGGUCAAUCAAAAUGUUCCACCACCUAUUAAUAUCAUAAAAAAUGUUGACCCUGUAGUUGAGAAAAAACCUGAUUUAUUGCAUAAUAUGCCUACAACUACCAUUGAAGAACCGCCAAAGUUAGCUCCAAAACCAUUAAAAUUAAUUCCAAAACCUAAGCCCAUCAAUUAUAUACAUGCAUCGAAUCCUAGUUUAUGCGAUUUUACCGAUUAUAAAUUACCUGCGUUUGUUCCAAAACAGAAAAAUUUACAUCGUAAUGAUAAUCUUUCUGGAUUUAUCACUUUGGAACAAUUUAUGUUAAAUCGCCAGGAAGAAGAGCGUAAACAAAAUGCUUUUUUACAACGGCAAAAUGAUGCAGUUGAGGAGGAAAUUGCUGAAACGAUACAAGAAGUGAAAAAUGAAACUCAAACAGAACAUAAAAAAUUGGGAGAAAGUCAUUCAUAUCCUUAUAAAACUUCUGAUAGUCAAGCAGACAAGAAUGUUUUAUGUCGUAAAUACAGUGAUGGAAUCGCAGAUAAAAACACAGAAUUACGUAAUCGAUUAUCAUCACAAGAAUCUUCAAGUUCACGACCUUUGUCGAGGGUGAAAUCUCGUAAAAUGAGCAUUGAUAGCGUAUUUGAUGAUCAUCGUUCUCAACAGGACUCGGAAUGGGACGUGAUAUCAAAUGAAGCUAUUAUUGAAGCUACUACAAGUGUGCAAAGUAAGCUGAAAAAACCGCACCCUCCGACUCCGAAACAUAAAAAUAAAAUUAUAAGACAGCAUAGUUUGAAUUCAGCGGAUAAAAAAUCUGAAUCAAAAUCAAUAUUUAAUCGUGGCGAUUCACCCGAAAAAUUUUGGCUAAAUUCCUUACGACGGAAUGAUAAAGUAUUUUUCAGUACACCCACACACAAAGAAAAAACUAAAUUAAAAUCAGCAACACAAUAUACACCAAUGAAUUAUUCAUUUAGCGCAGAUCAAAAAUUAAAUCCAAAAUUAGCAUUUGAACUGAAUUUGGAUGAGAAAAGUACGAAAUCAUCAAAAUUUAAAAGUUUAUUUGGCGGUGGAAGUAGUCAUAAAACUUCGUCGGAUUCAGAGAAACAUCAUACAAAAGAGAAAACGUUGUUGGGAUCACCUAGGUUGCACCGUGCAAUAUUUAGAAAAAAUCAUUCACCUACUAGAGAAACGGAUUGGAGAGGAGAUUUUUCACAGGCGUCAUCAUCUUUAUCCCACUUAAGUCAUCAUAAUCAUCAUCAUCACCAUCAUACUUUACCACUCAGUCAUCAUCCUCCGUAUGUAGUGUCUUCCGCAACAACAGCGUCGUCAACAGUUAUACCGGUAUCGGUUAUACAAUUGAAUCAAUCAUCAUCAUCGCAAUCAAAUCCACCACCGGAUUAUCCAGAUUUAGAGUAUCCACCAAUAUUUGAACCAGAAACAUAUUCAUUAUCAAAUCCUGCUUGUAGUUUACUUAGAAAACAGAUGAAUAAUAAACAAAAUAAUUCGAACAGUAAAUGAUGGUUACUGUAUAUUGUUAAAA